AGAACGAGGCUUGCUUUCUCUUCUGUUAUUUCAUCAAAAUCCAACAUGGUUGUUGGCAAAAAUAAGCGCCUAACGAAAGGCAAAAAGGGUCAGAAAAAGAAAAUUGUUGAUCCUUUCACCCGCAAAGAUUGGUAUGACGUGAAAGCACCGUCUAUGUUUCUUAAGAGACAAAUAGGAAAGACUGUUGUUAAUAGAACAACUGGAACAAAGAUUGCAUCUGAUGCUCUGAAAGGACGUGUAUUUGAGGUAUCGCUUGCUGAUCUCCAAGAUGAUGAGGUGACUUAUCGUAAAUUUAAGUUGAUGGUUGAGGAUGUGCAAGGAAAGCAAUGUUUGACAAAUUUUCAUGGCUUGGAUAUGACCACUGAUAAGUUGAGAUCAUUAGUCAAAAAAUGGCAGACAUUAAUUGAGGGUAAUGUUGAUGUCAAAACUACAGAUGGUUACCUCUUGAGGUUGUUCUGUAUUGGUUUUACUAAGAGAAGGUCAAACCAAAUUAAGAAAACAUCUUAUGCCAAGCAUUCUCAGAUCAAAUUGAUCAGAAAGAAAAUGGUUGAAAUUAUGACACAAGAAGUGGGAACAAAUGAUUUGAAGGAAGUCGUCAACAAGCUAAUUCCAGACAGCAUUGGGCGCGAUAUUGAAAAGGCUUGCCAAUCUAUAUACCCACUUCAUGAUGUUUUUAUACGCAAAGUAAAAGUCCUGAAGAAACCAAAAUUCGAUGUUGGAAAGUUGAUGGAGAUGCAUGGUGAAAGUGGAAGUACGACAGUGACCACUGAUGAAACUGGAGCAAAAAUUGAACGUGAUUCGUUUGAACCUCCUGUGUUAGAAUCAGUGUAAUAAAACUGUCAGUUUAUGAAUUAAAAAUACCAUAAUAAAUCUGUGUUUGUUUUUA